AGACCAGAAGGAACCCAGCGCGGAAGGGACGGCGCGAGCCCAGAGACCCCCAGACGGCAAAGGAGCCAGGCCAGAAGCAGCCUGGCAGAGAGACUCAGCCAGCUGGGGCAGCGACUGGCCGCGCUCUCAGACUUCCCUGGCGCAUCCGUCCGUCUCGGCCCACCCCCCGGGAAGGGGCAGCCCGGAGCAUUCCACGGGGAGGAUUAAUCAUGUUCCCUCUCGCCACUGACUGCGGCUGUUUCUCAUGUCCGGCCCCCGGUUUCGCCUGUCCCCGGGAUUUCAUCUGAAGGGCGGGCCGUUCCCCGGGCCUCCUCCACCUCCCCACCCCACCCCACCCCACCCACCCGGGGCUGCAGGCAGGACCAAUGAAAGCGGGGCCAGCACCUCCUGCAGCCGGUGACUAACUGCUCCGGGUAUUUAACAGGUUGCAGGAAUGAGCAGAGAAUCGCCUCUGAUUCCUCUCCCGACGGGCGCGUUCCCAUAGGCACCUGGGGGGGCUCCAGCCAGCGGGGGGGUGCCUCUGGAUUCCCCGACGCCGCCGCCACCAUGUGCUACGGCAAGUGUGCGCGAUGCAUCGGCCACGCUCUGGUGUGGCUGGGCGUCUUCUGCAUCGUGGCCAACAUCCUGCUGUAUUUCCCCAACGGGGAGACCAAGUACGCCUCCGAGAACCACCUCAGCCGCUUCGUGUGGUUCUUCGCCGGCAUCGUGGGCGGGGGUCUGCUGAUGUUCCUGCCGGCCAGCGUUUUCAUCGGGCUGGAGGAGGAGGACUGCUGCGGCUGCUGUGGGCAUGACAACUGUGGCAAGAGCUGCGCGAUGCUCUCCUCCGUGCUGGCAGCGUUGGUGGGCAUCGCGGGAUCCGGUUACUGCGUCAUCGUGGCCGCGCUGGGCUUGGCAGAGGGGCCGCUGUGCCGGGACAACCAGGGCCAGUGGAACUACACCUUCGCCGGCACCGAGGGGCAGUACCUCCUGGACACAGCCUCCUGGUCCCAGUGCGUCGAACCCAAACACAUAGUGGAGUGGAACGUCUCGCUCUUCUCCAUCCUCCUGGCCCUGGGUGGGAUUGAAUUCAUCUUGUGUCUCAUCCAAGUCAUCAAUGGCAUGCUGGGUGGCAUCUGUGGCUUCUGCUGCUCCCGCCAACAGCAAUACGACUGCUGAAUGGCCCGGCCCGGGACAGAACCACACUCUUCUCGUUGUAAUUUAUGUAUCUCACUUGUAUGGAUUUGUAAAACUUUGUACUAGUGUAUCAUACUCCGCAUCGUCUACUUUUAUAAACGUGUCUGGAGACCGGCUUCUCCACCCCGUAUCAGUGUUUGAACACAGCAAGUUCCAACUUUAUUUUAUUUUAUUAUUAUUUUUUUAAAGGAGUAGGACAGGCGGCCGCACUGGGAGGUCAUUUACAGAGCCGCCACGCUCAGACUGUAUGGGAGAAAUUCCAGUCUAAAGUCUUGUGAUUUUUGAGAAAACUACAGGGAUAAACAGCACAUUCCAAUGACUAUUGUAUAUAUGUGUGUGCACUUGUGUUUAUUAAACGAAAGAUUUCUAGCUCUUCUUUUUUCUUUUUUUUAAGACCAUGAAGAUGAUCCGACAUCUUAAAAAGAUGUUUGUUAGUUUGGGUCUUCUUUUUUUUCUAAAAAACUGUUUAUAUGAUGUUUCCCAUGAGUUUGCUUGCAAAUUCCUAAGAUGAGGCCUUUGAACCAUGAUGUGCCCUCUGAGGAGAGGUAUUUACCUGUCUGGGGUACGGUCCCCAGACCAAAGGACUGAACGGAAGCACGCCACACUGCGCCGGCUGCGAGUCCCAGCAAUUUGAAACUUUCCUAACACGGGGGCAAGCUCUUCUCUUCCCAGACAAGCAAGAGGGACCGUGGUUCCCAAAGGGAAAGGCCUCCAGAAUUGGACCAGAAAAGCUGGAAACGGAAUAAAACAGUUGGUCAGAGUCAUUGGAGGUGGGGGUGCGGG